AUGUUAGAGGAUGAUAAGGAGAAACGAAUCAACGUUCACCUGUUCACUACCACCAUAGGUCCAAACGAUGCCUUCUUCGCCAUGAACGUGGAAUUUCAGCAAGAAGCGUAUUUGGAGUACGUGGUUCUGGCGAAGCAAGACGAGGAGGGGAUGAUUUGGCAUCUUUAUCCCGAUGAAGAACCUCAUCCUGCCUUGGACGGGAACAGGCAAGGUAGCCCACACAGGGAAUCAUUCCAUGUUGCUCUGUUGAAACGCACAACUCAUUUUCCGGUGACUAGUAUCGCAACGAGUUCUGGCUACUUUGGAGGGCGCCUCCCACAACCGUUCCCCAGCGUGUCGGACUUUGUCGAGUACCAUCAACAAUUUUUGGGCCAUGAUAUUCCGCUUUGCUUGGUUGAAAACAUGCUCGCUGCCUUACCUCUCGACGUGGCCAUGUGUUUUGUCCACGGUGGCUUCUUCCCAAACAAUUUUCUGUUGCUCACGAUCAUUGAUUGGCGCUCUUUACUUGAUCAAACCUCACGACUAGAAAGGAUCGCAACACACCACAACCAAAUCCUCGCCGAACUCGAGACUGAGAUGGCAAUCGCUCAGGAAGCCUUGAAAACUAUGAUGGAGCAGCGAAAUGAUACACACGCCCUGUUGGCGCCCUUGAGCAGCACUGUCGACGCAGGUGAAGCUCUCUUUGAUAACGUUGACGAACAAAUGGUUGACGUAGAAUGCGAUUUGUACUCGCUGCAAGGUGGAUCAGAGAAGCAGAUCUCAAGCGCAAGCAUCACGGAUCAUAGCGAAACUUUGUACGAAGUCAAACCUGAAAUCGAGGAAGGCCAACUAGAGCUGCGACGGCCCUUGAAGCAACGUAAAGACAUCUCAGAGCAGUUGGAUCACCAUCGUGACCUACUCUCGCCCAUACGCAAGGCCUCCGACAGGCAUUUUCUCCAAUCCCCAACUUAUGUCUCUCCGAGUGUUCUGACUGGCGUUUGUGUUGCCUGGAAGAAUAUUGCACUCGGUAUGCACGAAUUAUGGUCCUUCAUACUGGUCGAGAUACGGAAAGGGAAGUUCUACCCUGACAAACAUACCGUUGAAAGGUGGAUCGAGCGCUCUGGCUCCUCCGCGCUUUCUUUCUCUAUUGAAGAAAGAGAUUCAUCUUUUCAUGCAGGAGUUGAUCAGAUUCCGCCCACCAUACCACACGACAAUACGAAUUCUGAGCACCCCGCUGGAUCACCAGUCGCGUCCAUGCUCGACCCCUUCAGUCCCCAUUACUCUCGAUGGCAGAGAGUCCGUCUGAGAUACAGCGAUGCAUCGCCUGGUACAGUUGUUACUGCCUUGCCAUUGCCCAUAAACACGACGUAUCCUUUACUUGAAGAGGUAUACUUGGACAAAGGUUACUGGUGGGCACAAGAAGAUCUAGACUGCAUCAAAUCCAUGAUGGUCUCCGCACCACGGCUCCAUUCCGUUACCUGGCUAAGCGAGAAAUCAUACAAAAUGCUUGCAUUUCCAUGGAAGCAGCUCACACACUUCUUGCAGGGCCCCAUUGCCACUAUGAACGAGGGUCUUCGUGUCCUAGCGAUCUGUCCUCAUCUCAAAUCCCUGGAGCUGACGCUCUUUCUUCCCAUGUUUCCCAUCGACGACGACGACGAUCCAUUUGUCCACAACACUUUAGAACGCCUACAUCUACGUACUGCAGGUAACCUGGCAGUCCUUUUCGACAAAGUCACUCUACCAGCUCUGAAGGAUCUAUCGCUCUCCGAAUUACAUGGAGCCUCACCCAACCCCCCUGUACAGCUUGGCCGGUGGCCACAAUCCCAGUUCCUUCCAUUCCUCCUACGUUCAGGUUGCACCAUCAAGCAAUUCAUCAUUCAGGAGUGGGAUAUUUCAGCAGAAGAGAUAGCGGAGUGCCUCGUACAUCUGCAGAUAUCGAAGUCAUUGGAUUCGUUGUCUAUCACGGAAUAUCACCAAAAGCAUCUGUGCAUGACGGAUGAGGUUCUUAGGCGGUUGACGUAUACCCCAUCAGUUAUCUCGUCAAAAAACGUUCUGUGUCAUGGGGAUGACCAGCUGGCCGAGGACACCCCAUUGGAGACUAUCUGUCCAAAUCUCACGACCAUCAGGAUGUGGGGAUGCAUUUCUGCCCAGGAUGGAAAGGUCGCAGAUAUGGUAGAGUCGAGAUGGUUAUCCAGGACCGAAGGUUGCCCCAUCGUGCAACUCAGGACGGCGGCAAUAGGGGUUUUCGCUGACGCAUGUCAUACGGAGGAUUGGACUCGGUUGGAGGCGCUGAACGUAGACAGCACCUAUGUAUCCUGUGCUUCAACUUUCCAUCUGCCUAUCAACACCGAGUUGAAAUCUCAGUCAGACUCAAUCAGGGAGGGCAGAUAUACCCAGGCAACCAAUUGCUAUUGGCCGGUGGCAGCUAGUUGGACCAUCUCCAUCGAAGAGCGAGAUCCAUUCCUCCGCAGCAGCCGCGCUGGGAUUGACUACACUCUUCCCACCAUACUUACCGCCGAACCAGAAUCCGAGGAUCCCACCGAUUCAGUCGUUUCGUCCAUGCUCGAGGUCUUCAUCACCCAUCACUCCCGAUGGCAGAAAGUCCGUAUACGAUACAAAGACGCAUGGUCCGAGAAAACCGGGUUCGCUUCACUGCCCAAGGAUACCUCGUUUCCCUUGCUCGAAGAACUAUACUUGGAGAAAAGUUACUGGCUGGAACAGGACGACGUGGAUCGCAUCACAUCGACGAUGCUUUCCGCACCACGGCUUCAUUCCGUCAGUUGGCUGAGCCAGAAACCGUUCACGACGCUCACCUUUCCCUGGGCGCAGCUCACGCACUUCUGGCUGGGCCACAUCAUUUCGAUGACUGAGGGUCUCCGCAUCAUCACAUGCUGCCCUCAGCUCACGUCUCUAGAGCUGACGCUCAUUCUUCCCGUCCAAGUUACCAUCACAAACGGCUCUGACCCAAUUGUUCACAACAAUCUACAAUGCCUCCAUCUAGGCACGACAGGCGACCUCGGAAUUCUAUUUGACAAGCUCACACUACCAGCUCUGAGUGAUCUCUCGCUCUCUGAGGUCCACGGGUCCUUUCCCAACAUUACCCCCGUGCACAUCAGCCACUGGCCGCAAUCCCAGUUCCUUGCAUUCCUCCUUCGUUCUGUGUGCACCGUCAAACACCUCAUCAUACAAGAGUGCGAUAUUUCCGCGGAGGAGAUGCUGGAGUGCCUUGCACAUCCGCAGAUAUCAACGUCAUCAUCAAAGGCAUUUAUGCGUGACGGAGGAGGUGUUGAGGCGGUUGACGUAUACCACCUUCGCAGAAAAGGUUCUGCAUAG